AUGUCCGAACAAGCCGCAUUCACCUUCCUGCCUCUGGGCGCCAUCAUCCAAGAGUUCCGCGUGGGGGACAAGAACAUUGUGCUCGGUUUCCCCACGCAGGAAGACUACGUCAAGCACAACACCCCGCAUUAUGGUGCGACCAUCGGCCGUGUUGCCAAUCGCAUCAAGGACGGGAUUAUCCAAGACCUGAAUGGCCAGCAGGUGCACCUGACACAGAACAACGGCCCCAAUGCCCUGCACGGGGGCGAGAAGGGCUGGGGCAAACGGGUUUUCGACGGCCCGCACACCGUCAAGCGCCAUGGCCGAGACGCCCUGCUGUUCAAGUACCUCCACCGGGACGGCGAGGAGGGGUACCCUGGCACCGUGGAGGUGCGCGUCUGGUACACCGCUAGCAAGGAGGGGGACGCUAAGACCGUGCUGACCGCCGAGUACGAGGUUGAGUUCAUUGGGAACGAAUGCGAGGAGACAGUUGUCAACCUCACCAACCACAGUUAUUUCAACAUCGGCGACGGCCUCGAUGUCACUGGAACCACAGCCCAGCUCGCCACAGCCAACUACCUUCCUCUAGAUGACACUGGCAUUCCCACUGGAGGUGUGGCACAGUUCCCACGGGAUGUGACCACACCCUUUGAGCUUGUGCCGACCGGCGCACACAUCGAUGACGUCUUCGUUCUGGAAUCCGACGCCAGCAAGAUCCCGCUCGACACUCGUGGCCUGCCCGUGCGACGUCUCGCGCAGUUCAGCAACUCCCGCACAGGUCUGCACCUCGAGGUCCACAGCACCGAACCUGCGUUCCAGUUCUACACGGGCAAGUACAUCAAUGUGCCGUCGAUCAACGGCGCGCCGGCCCACGGCGAAGGAGCCGGGUUCUGCGUGGAGCCGAGUCGGUUUGUCAACGCGAUCAACGAACCAGAGUGGCGUUCGAUGGUGCUGUUGAAGAAGGGCCAGAUCUUUGGAUGCAAGAAUGUCUACAAGGCUUGGAAGGAGUGA